AUGGUUCGCCACCACGGCGAACUCCUCUCGAGGAUGAAACUGGACCGUGAAGAGAUUUUGAGCCAGCUCGACGACGAAAAACGGAAGAACGAAGAUCUUCAGUUUAGGUUUGAAGAAGCGUCGAUCACCAGAAACGACAUUGAGGCAAAUGUUGUUGCCCAAACCGCCGUCAACGACAACUACCUGAAAAAAAUCGCCCAUUUGGAGGCGAACCUCAAGGAAGAACGUCAGAAAGCAGAAGCGUUGGAGUCGAUCUCUAAUAAGCUUUUUGAAGCGGAAGAAAGCUUGAUAAAAGCUCGUGAAGAGGUCGAUCAUAUAACGCACGAGCUGAGUCUAACGAGAAACGAGAGAGCGGCAGUUGAAGAAGAAAAGACCGUCACUGCACAACUUGUUGAGUCUUUGCAACGACAAGUAGAAGGCGCUGGUCUCGAGAACGAAGAGAAAGCGAAAACGAUAAGUCAGUUAAAUGAAGAACUGGCUAACGUUAAGUCAGAACAUGAGGUUGUUAAACGAGGAAUUGAAGACAAUUGUGUCCAGAAAGACGACGAGAUCGCGAAGCUCAGGGCAGAAAUUGCUCAUCAGAAGAGGAUUAUUGAGAAAUACGAGAAGACUCAUGCCACUUUGGCCGAAGAAAACCAGAAACUGAAGAUGCAGUACAGCGCGAAGUGUCACGAUGUAGAAACGUCGGGAUCAGAUAUCGUCGCGAAAGAAGAUGAGAUUAAGUCUUUGCAUGUGAAGAUAGAAGAAGCGAAUCAUAAAGUUGAAGAUCUAGAACGCAAACAGUCUAAUUCUGUUAAAGUAGAGGAAGAUCUAAGGAAAGAACUGGCGCAAACUCGCGACGAUUUGAAAGCCAAGAUCUCAGAAGUUGAGAACGUGAAGAAAGAAUGUAACGUGCAGCUGAGUCAGAAGUCUCACGAACUGGACGAUAGAAAUAAUACAAUAUCGCGUAACAGUGAAGAAAUUACGAAACUUACCGACCAGUUGAACGAACUCAAGCAGAGUUUCGAGGACACGAAGAAAGAUAUUCAUAGCAGACAUGCUCGUCAAGUUGCUUCGCAAGAUUCGCAGUUGAUGGCUUUAUCAGCUGAACUCCAACAGAAGAAUGAAGAGAUCACGAAAUAUUCCAUAGUGAUCAGCAAGUUAGAAGAAGAUCUUUGUACGAAGAACGGAAUUAUCGAAAAAUUGCGGUUGGAGGUGGAGUCGUGGAGACAACAACAAGCUACCGCUAGCGAAACUUCGUCAUCUAUGACUAAGCAAUCGAACGAGUUAAGUUUGAAGUGUGGUGAUUUGGAGCGGCAGUUGCAAGCGGCACAUGGACACAUCAACAAUCUACAAGAGAUUAAACAGGGUCUAGAAAGCGAAAUUCAAUCUCUUAUGGUUAAGUGCGAGGGUGCUGCUCAGUUGGAACAGCUCAGGAAUGCUCUUCAAGCCAAAGAAGGCAUGUUAGCGGCAAUGCGAACUGACUUGGAGCAAAAACUUCACAACUCAGAGAGGCUCAAUCAUGAGCUUCAGUUGCAGCAUCAGUCCGUUCUUGCCGAAUCCAACAAACUGAAACAGGAGUUAGAAAACAAACUGCAAAUCAGCAUGCAGUCUGAGCAGAUGGGCAAACAGCGUUAUGACAGUGUUGUAGCCGAAUUGGCCAAAGUUCGUGAGGAACACGGAGGGACCAUCAACCAACUACAAAGAACCGUGCAAGAAAAAGAUCUAGCUCUAAAGAAUUUCGAAAGCAACUACAACGAAAAUCUGAAACAAUAUCAGGCACAAUGGCAAGCUAGCAACGAAAAUCUUAAACAAAGCUUGGAAACCUGUCAACAAAGGAUAGGUUCUCUCAAUGAUGAAACCAUGCAGCUUAAAUCACAGUUGAUGAAGAAAUCCGAAGAGCUGAUCGAAGCCCAGACUGCUGCAAGUCACGUCGCUGCACAAAGCAAACAAGCCGAAAGAGAACACCAACAAGCAUGCGACGAGAACACCAGAAGAUUAGAAUUCGAACUUAACGAGAGAAGCUUACAUUUACAGAAGGCCUUAAACGAACUGGAUCUGCUCAGAAACGAUUGUCACUCCUCUAGUGUUAAUCUAACCGACAAAGAUCGCCAAAUCGGCGAAUUAAGUGCACAAAUCCAACAAUCGCAAACUUUCAUCACGAAAUUGCAAGAAGAUUUGAACAUGGCGCACUCUCUGAACGCACAAAAAGCACAAGAACACGCAACCAUGCAAAGUCAGUGUCAAGGUUUAAUAGAAAAAGUCGCCACUUUAACACAACAAGCGCAAAGUGGCGAGGAAGUUUCAAGGAAUCUCCAAGUCGAAUACAACAAUGCCAUGCAUUUGAUGCAGCGGUUGAGGAUCACCGAACAACAGAAACAAGAGUGCUUGCAACGGCUGGAACAAGAAGCUGCCCGCACUGCCGAAAAUAAAAACUGUACCUCCGCUAUGGGUAUUUUAGAGAAGAUUCAAAUCGAGACAAGAGAUAAAGAGACUCCAGAAAAAAUCAUAAAUCUGCAGAAAAAUGUUGAAGUUGUGACGAACCAACUCACCGAACGAAACCACCAGUACGAGGCUCAACAGGCCGAGUUGUUGCGUCUACAGGAGGAAUUACUGAAGGCCCAGGAAGCCCACAGACAUUGCAGCCAAGGCCAGGAACAAAGCUCAGUAAGCCAAGUAAACACCACACAAACACAGGACACUACAAAACUGCAUGAUUACAAUCCUCAAACCCUUUACGAACUGCAGGUUCAAUUAACAGUUGCAAGAAACGCGUUCGCGAGUCUUUCGCAGCAAUUCGAAAUUCUCCAAAAAGAGAAAGGCGAUUUAAUAGUACAGUUACAAAAUGCGGUGUCUAAUCACAAUCCGUCAAAUUUAAAUAACGCAGUUAAUCAUUUAGCUCAAGUUAAUUACACGCCUUUUAAAGACAGAAUGGAAGAGUACAAUGCCAAUUUGAGGAAAACAGUGCAGUAUGCAAUAUUACAACUGCAAGAAAAAGAGCGGAUUUUGAUUGAUAGACAGACCGAGAUUCAAAAUUUGCGUCAGGUCGUUCGGGACCUACCAAUGCAAUGUAAAUCUUUUGCCGUCGUCCAAGAAGCUAAAAGUGGUAUAAACGCGUGUGGGAAUGUAGCGCUCGAUCAAAAGAAAUGUCAAGAUAUUAUAGUUACUAAGGAGACGCAAAUACAAGACCUGAGGAAGCAAGUGAGCAAUUUGUUAAAUGAAUAUACUCACAAGUCGGGUAGGGAUUGUGUCCAACAGCCUUGUAUUUGCCCUCCACAAGAACCAAUUGUCAAAGUAGUACCUGCCCCUGCUAAGGUAGUACGUGUGUUAGUACCGGUUGUUCAACCGAAAGUUGUCGUUAAGCAAGUUCCAGUACACGCAGUUAACAAUCGUAAGUGUCCACCUCCGCAAAUCCAAAAGAUCGAAGUACCUAAAAUUAUCGUUCAAAGAGUACCGGUGAACAUAGCGCAGUGUAUUCUACCAGAUUUGAGACCUUUGUACGAAUGCGGUUCGGUGGAAGAAUCAAUUGACCACCUUAAUUUGGCUAGUUAUAGUUCUCAAGAAAGUUUCAAAUUCAAACAAUCGCUCUUGUCGAUAAUCGGACGACAGAGAAAUUGUAUAGCGUCCAAUAUUCAAACUUGUUCGAUAUUACCUCGACUUGAAAUACCCGAUCAAUGUGUCGCGCCUUCUGCUUUCGUAAAUAAUUUAGUCCUUCCAGGUUAUAGUCCUGAUGUUACUACUUCGUAUAAACAGUCGCUUUUCUAUCUCUUGAACCAUGUAGAAAAGUGUGCGUCUGCGCCGCCCAAUAAAACUGAAUUUACUAAGUUAGAAACAAAAGAACCACCACUUGUGGUUUCUGGUACGAAGCAACAAGUCGUGAAUUGUCCCAAAUUACCCUUGCUUCAAGUACCACAAGCCUGUGUGGCCGCUGCGCAAAUCGUCAGCGAUACUUCGAUUUCAGGAUACAGUCCUUCAGAAGUCGAUGUAUUCAAACAGUCACUGCUAAAAGUACUAUCACAUGUCGAACAGUGCCAUUAUAAUGCAAAUGUUUCUGUACAAACGAACAAUUGCGCACAGCAAUCACUCAUCGAAGUGAUUUUGAAACUUCAGAAUUGUCAGUCUCGACCAAAUGUUCUACCCGCAAUACCGACUUGUCGUGAUCUUCCUCCCUUACCAUCUAUACAAGAUUGUGUCGCACCUUCAGACAUAAUUCAACAACUGAGUCUGAACGCGUUCCCUCAAUGGCAGUCACAAAUCUUCAAAGAGUCCCUCCUUCAGUUGUUAAAUUUGCAGCAGAAAUGUUGCAAUUAUGGUGCUAUUAAAGUGGUAGAAAAACCAGUGUUUGUGCGCAUACCGAUCGAAGUACCAAAAGUAGUCCAACAAAUACGUGAAGUACCAGUAAAAGUGCUCGUUCCUCAGCCCGCGAAAAUCAUCGUGAAGGAAGUACCGGUACCUCAGCCGCCUAAGGUCAUUAUUAAACAAGUCCCGGUUUAUGUACCGCAACCUCCUCAAAUCAUUACACAACAAGUACGAGUUCCUGAGAGUAAAGAUUUUAAGCCGACGAUUCAACAAGUACCAGUUAAAGUUCCCGUGCCGGUCAAAAUUAAAGUGCCCGUUUUCGUUCCUAGGGAAAAAGAGUGUCGUUUGCCUAACGUGAACGUCUUUGACUGUUCUGUGCCUUCAGUUAGUAUUAACUAUCUUAAUUUAUCGAAUUAUCAAUCUUCGGAUGUAGCCACGUUUAAAGAAGGAUUAUUAUCAUUAAUACAGGCUCAAAGAGAUUGUGGUCCAAAAGUACUGCAGCAAAGGAUCCCAGUUCCAAUACCCACCAUUCUGAAAAUUCCGGUUUAUAUUCCACAGAAACCUGGGGAAUUGAUUAAAGAAGUGCCAGUACCAUGUAAGUGCAAUUUACCAACAUUGGUACCUUUGGAAGGUUGUGUCACCGAAGAUAUGCUUGAUAGAUUAACGGUUCCUAAUGUUUGCAGCCAAACAGAUACAAGUGCAUUCAAAGAAAGUCUUUGGAAAGUACUCGAAAACCAAAAGAAGUGCAUUUCGGUGCAACCCCAAGUGGUGAUUAAACAAGUUCCAGUUUCGGUACCACAGCCGCCAAGGAUCGUUAGGCAGCAAGUACCUACGAAUUGUAACAAGGGAGCCAAUGUAAUCGCAAAGGAAAAACCGGUCUAUGUAUCAUCACAACCUCGUAUAAUAAUUAAACAAGUUCCCGUUAGAGUUCCCGUUCUAGUUAGAGUACCGGUUAAAGUACCAGUCGUGCAGAAACAAGUUGUCGAAGUUCCGAAAAUCGUUGUUAAAGAAGUAAAAGUUCCCGUUAAUGGGCCAGUCCCAGUACGUGUGGUGCAAUCUCCGAAAAUAAUAAUUAAACAAGUACCAGUACCGGUUCCUCAGCCGCCUAAAAUAAUAUUGAAACAAGUACCUGUUCGAACUAAUAGCCCUAAUUACCACACGUCUAAACCUGUGGUUUUAUAUAAAGACAGAACGGUAGCGGUUCCUACACCACCACGUAUAAUUAUCAAACAAGUUCCCGUUAUGGUGAAAGUACCGGUGAAAGUGCCAGUUCCAGUGCAGGUAAAAGUACCCGUUAGGAUACCAUACCAAGUCCCAACUACAUCACGAGGAGAAUGUCAUCUACCCACUAUACAAAUCGAUACUUGUUUAGAUUUGGGUCAUCAAAUUGAUUCUUUGCCUUUGACCACCUAUAACACCGAACAAGUGACACAUUUCAAGAAAAGUCUGUACGUAGCUCUCAUGCAGCAGAGGCAAUGUCUACAAUGUCGGUUGCCAGAAGUGAACGUGCACGGAUGUGAACGCGUGGAAGACCAGAUCAAUUCCUUAAACUUUGCAGGAUACACAGCGUGGGACGCACAAAAGUUCAAAGACAAUAUUUUGUCUUUGCUUCAACAACAACGAGAUUGCAUGUCGAUAUCAUCAGGAUCAUUGAAAGAAUCUCACGGGCAUUACAAAUGUGUUUUGCCCCGCAUUAAUGUCGCCGGAUGUGAAGAACUGGAAAAACAAAUCAAUUUUAUGAGUGUAGCCGGUUACGAUGUGGCAGACGUUAACGCAUUCAAGGAACAACUUUUCAAUAUGUUACUUCAACAAAGGCAGUGCACUGCACCUCAAAAUUGUCCUGUGAAAGAAAUUAAAAUACUUGGGCCUCCGAAAGUUAUAUAUAAACAAGUACCGGUCUUUAUUCCUCAACCACCAAAGAUUCUUUAUAAGCAGAUACCUAUACCCAUGUCAAAUUGUAGCGAGAAAACGAGGGUUGUCAUCAAGGAGAAACCCGUACCGAUACAACUACCGCCACAGACAAUUACCAAACAAGUGCCUGUUCCUGUCAGAGUUCCAGUAGAGGUUAAAGUACCAGUUAGAGUGGAAGUACCUGUGCCUAUGACGCCCGAUUGUCAUUUGCCUAAUAUAAAUGUAUAUGAUUGCGAUGAAGAACUACAAGCUAAAAUUCACUCAUUGGUGUUUCCACAUUUUGAUGCUUCUGAAGUGUCAACGUUUAAAAAUAAUCUCCUACGUAUGUUCCUAGCACAAAGAAGAUGUUCGCAAGGAGGUGUAAACUAUGUUAAGGUUCCAGUAGCGGUUCCUCAACCUCCAAAAGUUGUUGAGUCAACACCAUUACCAGGACUAUCACGUCUACAAGAGUCUAAUAACCAAUGGGUUCAUGAUACUACAACAGCUGUGGGAAAAGAAAUUAUUAAAGAAGGCAAGGUACCUGUUUACCAACGAAUAAUCGUAAAAGUACCUGUUAGGGUUCCAGUCCCGGUUAACCGAAUCGUCCAAGUUCCAAAAGAAGUGAUUAAAUAUCUACCUUGUGAACAAGAAAGACCUACAAAAUUCGGACCAUCACAGACAGUGAAAGAGGUUGUUAAAGAAAUAAGGGUGCCCGUAAGAGUGCCAGUACCACAACCACCGAAAAUUUUGAUCAAACAAGUACCGGUACCGGUACCUGCACCACCAAGAGUUAUUGUGAAACAAGUACCGGUAUUUGAAAAGUGUGAUCAUAAACCACAUGUUGUCUUUAAAGAAAAACCGAUUCCUGUUCCCAUUCCAUCUCGACCACAAAUUAUGAUUAAACAAGUACCGGUUAAGAUUCCUACAUACGUUAAAAUUCCAGUCCCUGUUAAAACACAGUGUCAUUUACCAGCUCUCAAUCUCAACGCUUGCGUGGAUAUUGAAAGAGAAGUCAGCUCCCUGAUACUGCCUAAUUAUGAUCAAGCAGAAGUAGCACACUUCAAAGAAAAACUUCUUGCAGCUCUUGUCCGACAAAGGACUUGUACGCAAUGUGGGUUACCUAACAUAAAUAUUGGUGAUUGUGAUGAUUUACCACGACAAAUUGAAUCUAUUCAACUGCCAAAUUAUGCUUUGUCAGACGUACAGACAUUUAAACAGAAUCUCUUGUGGAUGCUUCUAAAGCAGCGGAACUGUGUAAAGCCACGUGAAUGUAAUAAUUUGCCACAGAUAGCGCAAGUACCUCAAAGAAUUCCAAUUUUAGGCCAACACAGCUUACCUCAAGUUCCACAAGAGAGCAGAGUUCCCGUACAUGAAGUACCAAAAGAAGUUGUGAAGGUGGUGAAAGUACCAGUUCCACAACCUCCGAAAAUAAUAAUCAAACAAGUAACCGUUCCGGUCCCUCAGCCACCGAAAAUUAUAGUGAAACAAGUACCUAUUGUUAUUUCCAAAUGUAACCAGAAGCCACGAAUUAUAGUGAAAGAAAAACCAGUACCUGUUCAAGUAGUUAGGCCUCCGAUUAUCAAGGAAAGACCGGUUAUGGUUAGAGUACCUGUACCCGUUCCGGGCAAGUGUAAUCAACCGCCCCAAGGUAUACAUAAAACGAAUUUAGAGCGUCCUCCAAUAACUCAGCAACCUGUUAUCAAGGAAGAACUCAUUCCUUCUCAGGUGAAUUUGAGAUGUCAUCUACCAAGGCUAAAUAUAUUCGCUUGUGGAGACAUCGAAAAUAGUAUUGCCGCUUUGACAAUUUCUGGCUACGAUUCUUCAGAAAUUAGCGAGUUUAAACACAAUCUGUUAUCAAUUAUUUCGAGACAAAGAGAGUGUACAUCGUGUCAUCUUCCCGAUAUAAAUCUAGGCGGUUGUGUAAAUGUAGAACAGCAAAUCGCUUCCUUAACUUUAGCAAAUUACGAUACGAGGGAAGCAGAUGUAUUUAAACAAAAAUUACUGUCAUUAGUUGGAGAUCAAAGAAACUGUGGACAGCAGGUUCCCAAAGAAAUAAUUAAAUAUGUGAAAGUUCCAGUAGAAAUUCCAAAAAUUGUAGUGAAGGAAAUUAAAGUGCCUGUUAAUGUUCCUGUACAAGUGCCAUCUCCGCCAAAAGUUUUAAUCAAACAAGUUCCUAUGCCUGUAGUUCAACCACCUAAAAUAUUAUUCAAACAAGUACCAAUAUAUAUAACGAAAUGUAGCAACAAACCACAGAUUGUUGUGAAGGAGAAACCAGUACCCGUUCCGUCACCACCUCGUAUAGUCGUCAAACAAGUCCCCGUUAAGGUGACUGUGCCUGUUAACGUUCCGGUACGAGUACCAGUUGAAGUACCAGUUAAAGUACCAGUACCUAUGCAUAUAAAAGUUCCAGUUCCUGUUAGAGGGGAAUGCCAUCUACCAGUUGUGAAUAUAGCGAGCUGUGAGACAGUACAAAAUGACAUUGAACAUUUAAAUUUCGACGGAUAUAAUAUGAACGAGGUGUCUCAGUUCAAACACAAUUUGUGGGAUGCGCUCAUGAAACAAAGGAAUUGUGUUGCUCAACCCCAGACUGUCGUUCCUCAGGUUAAUGCACAUGCUAAUAUCAAUUGCCGUCUACCUGAAAUUAACAUACAGGGUUGUGAGGCAUUGCAACAACAAGUAAGUUCUUUGAACAUCGAUGGUUUUAACCCUACCGAAGUAUCCAGAUUUAAACAAAACUUGUUAGCGGUACUGACGAACUUACAACAAUGUGAAACUCCUGUGCCGAAAAACUUCGAACCUGUUAAAUGUCACUUACCAGUUAUCAAUGUGAACGAUUGUAACGAGAUUCAACAUCAUAUUUCGUCUUUGACUUUGCCUGGAUACGAUUCUUCGGAAGUUAAUUUGUUUAAGCAGAACCUCUUCUCGCUCCUGUCCAUGCAAAAGAAUUGUUACAGUACAAACCAACCUCCUCCACAGUGUCCUAGUAACGUAGUGGGAAAACCUGUUCACAUCAAAGUACCCGUCGAUAGGCCUGUAUAUGUAAGGGUACCCGUCGAUAGAGUAAAAGUGGUAGUCAAAGAAGUUAAAGUACCAGUUAACGUACCCGUUCCGACUCCAUCUGCUCCCAAGAUUUUGAUAAAAGAAGUUCCUGUUCCGGUGCCACAGCCUCCAAAGAUCAUACAUAAGGUUGUGAUGUCUCCUAAUAAAGAACCCCCAAGAGGGCCUGUACCAGUACCUUCACCACCUCGAAUAAUCGUGAAAGAAGUUAAAGUUCCUGUACCAGUACCAUCUCCUCCUAAGAUUAUUAUUAAACAAGUUCCUGUUUCGGUGCCACAACCACCAAAGAUUAUAAUUAAACAAGUCCCCCAAGUGAUUACUAAGUGUAACGAACCACCAAAAAUAGUCGUGAAAGAGAAACCUGUACCGGUUCCUUCACCACCUAAAAUAAUCGUGAAGCAAAUUCCUGUUAAAAUACCUGUGAGUGUACCGGUUUCAGUACCAUGUACUCCUAAGAUUAUCGUUAAACAAGUACCGGUACCGGUACCGCAACUAUCCGAAAACACACAAGAACGUGUGGAGUUUGGCAAUAAGGAAGAAGGAGGAGCUAUAUUCGGGAAGAGACCAGAACCGGUUCUGUCACCACCUCGUAUAAUUGUGAAAGAAGUUCCUGUUAGAGUGAAUGUACCGGUUAAAGUUCCAGUACGAGUACCAGUGGAAGUUCCGGUUAGAAUACCCAUACCUGUACAUGUAAGAGUCCCAGUUCCUGUAGUAGGUACUUGUCGUCUACCGGUUGUAGAUAUAGGAAGCUGCGAAAAUGUGAAACAGGAAAUCCAGCAGUUGGAUAUCAAUGGAUACGAACAGGGUGAAAUACAGAACUUCAAACAAAAUCUGUUCAAUAUGUUUAUGAGACAGAGAAAUUGCGGUACUCAUAGAGAUGAUUCAAACCGUGUGAUUCACGGAAAUGGGCUUCCGCCAAAGCCAGUAAUCGGUGGUAACUUAGUAACACCACCACCACAAGUAAUAGUGAAGCAAGUUCCUGUCCCAGUACUGCAACCGAAGGUCAUUAUUAAACAAGUACCGGUACCCGUUAGCUGUGAUCACAAACCAAAGAUUAUAAUCAAGGAGGUACCAAGACCAGUUCCUUCACCUCCGCGCGUUGUCAUUAAAGAAGUACCGAUACGUGUACCAGUUGGAGGAGAUUGUCGAUUGCCAGAGAUCAAUAUACAGGGGUGUGAGGCGUUCGAUCAACAAAUUAAUUCUGUGACAUUCACAGGAUUUGCUCCUAAUGAGGUACUCAAGUUUAAACAGAAUCUCUUAGCGCUUCUGACUAAUCUGCAACAGGUUUGCGUAUCCAAACUAGAACCUAACAGAUGUUUCCUACCACAAAUAAACGUCAACGAUUGUGAAAACAUUCAAACACAAAUAGCGUCUUUGAAUCUGCAAGGUUAUGACACUUCACAAGUCGAGCGAUUUAAACAAAACCUUCUUUCGCUAUUAGCGGUACAAAGAAAUUGUUAUCAAACCCCAACGGCUCCUAAGAUUGUGGCUGAACAAGUUCGUGUACCAAUUAAAGUACCAGUACCUGUGCAUAUGAAGGUUCCAGUUCCCGUUAACGGGGAAUGCCAUCUACCAGUUGUGAAUAUAGGGAAAUGUGAUGCGGUACAAAAUGAUAUUGAAAGUUUAAAUAUCAACGGAUACAAUAUGGACGAGGUAAUUCAGUUCAAACAGAAUUUGUUCGAUGCGCUCAUGAGACAAAGGAAUUGUGUUCCUCAAUCCCAGACUGUCGUCCCUCAGGUUAAUGCACAUACUAAUAUAAAUUGCCGUCUACCAGAAAUUAGCAUACAGAGUUGUGAGGCAUUGCAGCAACAAGUGGGUUCUUUGAAUAUCGAUGGUUUUAACCCUACUGAAGUAAUCCGAUUUAAACAAAACUUGUUAGCGGUACUUACAAACAUACAACAGUGUGGAACUCCUGUGCCCCAAAAGUUCGAGCCUGUUAAAUGUCACUUACCAGUUAUCAACGUGAACGAUUGUGACGAGAUCCAACAUCAUAUUUCAUCGUUGAUUCUGCCUGGGUACGAUUCUUCGGAAGUUAAUUCAUUUAAACAGAACCUCUUCUCGCUGCUGUCUAUGCAAAAGAAUUGUUACAGUACAAACCAACCUCCUCCGCAAUGUCCUAAUAAUGUAGUAGAAAAACCUGUACCCGUUGAUAGGCCUGUAUUUGUAAGGGUACCCGUCGACAGAGUAAAAGUGGUAGUCAAAGAAGUUAAAGUACCAAUUAAUGUACCCGUUCCGACUCCAUCUGCUCCAAAAAUUUUGGUAAAAGAAAUUCCUGUUCCGGUGCCACAACCUCCAAGGAUCAUACAUAAGGUAGUGAUGUCUCCUAAUAAAGAACCACCAAGAGUUAUUGUUAAGGACAGACCGGUACCUGUGCCUUCACCACCUAGAAUUAUUGUAAAAGAAGUUAAAGUUCCAGUCAAGGUACCAGUUCCAUCUCCUCCUAAAGUUAUUAUUAAACAAGUUCCUGUUCCGGUGCCACAGCCACCAAAGAUCAUAGUUCAAAAGGUACCCCAAGUGGUUUCUAAGUGCAAUGAACCACCAAAAAUUAUCGUAAAAGAGAAGCCCGUUCCAGUUCCUUCACCACCUAAAAUAGUCGUAAAACAAAUUCCGGUUCGAGUCCCUGUUCCAGCACCAUGUACGCCUAAGAUUAUCGUUAAACAAGUACCAGUACCGGUACCGCAACCGUUCGAAAAGACAGAAAAUCAAGUGGAACUUGGCAAUAAGGAAGAAGAAGGAGCUAUCGUCCAGAACAGACCUGGACCGCCUCCUUCACCACCUCGUAUAAUUGUAAAGGAAGUUCCCGUUAGGGUACCAGUCCCAGUACCAUGUGCCCCUAAGACUAUUACUAAACAAGUUCCUAUUCCUGUGCCACAACCACCAAAGAUCGUGGUUAAAGAAGUACCCAAAGUGAUUUAUAGGUGUAAUGAACCGCCAAAAACAGUUGUGAAAGAGAAACCUGUACCGGUUCCUUCACCACCUAAAAUAAUCGUGAAGCAAAUUCCUGUUAAAGUACCUGUGAGUGUACCGGUUCCAGUACCAUGUACUCCUAAGAUUAUCGUUAAACAAGUACCAGUACCGGUAUCGCAACCGUUCCAAAACACAGAAAAACGUGUGGAGUUUGGCAAUAAGGAAGAAGGAGGACCUAUAUUCGGGAAGAGACCACAACCGGUUCUUUCACCACCGCGUAUAAUUGUAAAAGAAGUUCCUGUUAGAGUGAAUGUGCCAGUUAAAGUUCCAGUACGAGUACCAGUUGAAGUACCGGUUAGAAUACCCAUACCUGUUCAUGUAAGAGUCCCAGUUCCUGUAGUAGGUGCUUGCCAUCUACCGAUUGUCGAUAUAGGAAGCUGCGAAAAUGUGCAACAGAAAAUCCACCAAUUGGAUAUCAGUGGAUACGACGUUGGUGAAAUACAGAACUUCAAACAAAGUCUAUUUAAUAUGCUUAUGAGGCAGAGAAAUUGCGGUACUAAAUGUCUAAAUAGAGAUGAUUCAAACCUUGUGAUACACGGAAAUGGGCUCCCGCCAAAGCCAGUAAUCGGUGGUAACUUAGUAACACCACCACCACAAGUAAUAGUGAAGCAAGUACCUGUCCCAGUACUGCAACCGAAGGUCAUUAUUAAACAAGUACCGGUACCCGUUAGCUGUGAUCACAAACCAAAGAUUAUAAUCAAGGAGGUACCAAGACCAGUUCCUUCACCUCCGCGCGUUGUCAUUAAAGAAGUACCGAUACGUGUACCAGUUGGAGGAGAUUGUCGAUUGCCAGAGAUCAAUAUACAGGGGUGUGAGGCGUUCGAUCAACAAAUUAAUUCUGUGACAUUCACAGGAUUUGCUCCUAAUGAGGUACUCAAGUUUAAACAGAAUCUCUUAGCGCUUCUGACUAAUCUGCAACAGGUUUGCGUAUCCAAACUAGAACCUAACAGAUGUUUCCUACCACAAAUAAACGUCAACGAUUGUGAAAACAUUCAAACACAAAUAGCGUCUUUGAAUCUGCCAGGUUAUGACACUUCACAAGCCGAGACAUUUAAACAAAAUCUUCUUUCGUUGUUAGCGUUACAAAGAAAUUGUUAUCAAACCCCAACGGCUCCUAAGAUUGUGGCUGACCAAGUUCGUGUACCGGUUAAAGUACCAGUACCUGUGCAUAUAAAGGUUCCAGUUCCUGUUGACGGGGAAUGCCAUCUACCAGUUGUGAAUAUAGGGAAAUGUGAUGCAGUACAAACUGAUAUUGAACGCUUAAAUAUCGACGGAUUUAAUAUGAACGAAGUACUUCAGUUCAAACAGAAUUUGUUGGAUGCGCUCAUGAGACAAAGGAAUUGUGUUACUCAAUCCCAGACUGUCAUACCUCAGGUUAAUACACAUACUAAUAUAAAUUGCCGUCUACCAGAAAUUAACAUACAGAGUUGUGAGGCAUUGCAGCAACAAGUGGGUUCUUUGAAUAUCGACGGUUUUAACCCUGCUGACGUAAUCCGAUUUAAACAAAGCUUAUUAGCGGCAAUAACAAACAUACAGCAGUGUGGAACUCCUGUACCCCAAAAGUUCGAGGCUGUUAAAUGUCACUUACCAGUUAUCAACGUGAACGAUUGUGACAACAUCCAACAUCAUAUUUCAUCGUUGAUUCUGCCUGGGUACGAUUCUUCGGAAGUUAAUUCAUUUAAACAGAACCUCUUCUCGCUGCUGUCUAUGCAAAAGAAUUGUUACAGUCCAAACCAACCUCCUCCGCAAUGUCCUAAUAACGUAGUAGAAAAACCUGUUCACAUCAAAGUACCAGUUGAUAGGCCUGUAUAUGUAAGGGUACCCGUCGACAGAGUAAAAAUGGUAGUCAAAGAAGUUAAAGUACCAGUUAAUGUACCCGUUCCGACUCCAUCUGCUCCUAAGAUUUUGGUAAAACAAGUUCCUGUUCCGGUGCCACAACCUCCAAAGAUCAUAUAUAAGGUUGUGAUGUCUCCUAAUCAAGAACCACCAAGAGCUAUUGUUAAAGACAGACCGGUACCGGUACCUUCACCACCUAGAAUAAUUGUGAAAGAAAUUAAAGUUCCAGUCAAGGUACCAGUUCCAUCUCCUCCUAAAGUUAUUAUUAAACAAGUUCCUGUUCCGGUGCCACAGCCACCAAAGAUCGUAGUUCAAAAAGUACCCCAAGUGGUUUCUAAGUGCAAUGAACCACCAAAAAUUAUUGUAAAAGAGAAGCCCGUUCCAGUUCCUUCACCACCUAAAAUAGUCGUAAAACAAAUUCCGGUUCGAGUCCCUGUUCCAGCAACAUGUACGCCUAAGAUUAUCGUUAAACAAGUACCAGUACCGGUACCUCAACCGUUCGAAAAGACAGAAAAUCAAGUGGAACCUGGCAUUAAGGAAGAAGAAGGAGCUAUCGUCGAGAACAGACCUAGACCGCCUCCUUCACCACCUCGUAUAAUUGUAAAGGAAGUUCCCGUUAGGGUACAAGUCCCAGUACCAUGUGCCCCUAAGACUAUUAUUAAACAAGUUCCUGUUCCUGUGCCACAACCACCAAAGAUCGUGGUUAAAGAAGUACCCAAAGUGAUUUAUAGGUGUAAUGAACCACCCAAAACAGUUGUGAAAGAGAAACCUGUACCAGUUCCUUCACCACCUAAAAUAAUUGUGAAGCAAAUCCCUGUUAAAGUACCUGUGAGUGUACCGGUUCCAGUACCAUGUACUCCUAAGAUUAUCGUUAAACAAGUACCAAUACCGGUAUCGCAACCGUCCCAAGGCACCGAAGAACGUGUGGAGUUUGGCAAUAACGAAGAAGGAGGAGCUAUAUUCGGGAAGAGACCAGAACCGGUUCCUUCGCCACCUCGUAUAAUUGUAAAAGAAGUUCCUGUUAGAGUGAAUGUGCCAGUUAAAGUUCCAGUACGAGUACCAGUUGAAGUACCGGUUAGAAUACCUAUACCUGUACAUGUAAGAGUCCCAGUUCCUGUAGUAGGUUCUUGCCAUCUACCGAUUGUCGAUAUAGGAAGCUGCGAAAAUGUGCAAGAGAAAAUCCACCAAUUGGAUAUCAGUGGAUACGAUGUUGGUGAAAUACAGAACUUCAAACAAAAUCUGUUCAAUAUGCUAAUGAGGCAGAGAAAUUGUGGUACUCAAAGUCCAAAUAAAGUUGAUUCAACCCCUAUGAUAGACGGAAAUGGGCUUCCGGCACAACAAAUAAUCGGUGGUAACUUAGUAACACCACCACCACGAGUAAUAGUGAAGCAAGUACCGGUACCCGUUAGCUGUGAUCACAAACCAAAGAUUAUAAUCAAGGAGGUACCAAGACCAGUUCCUUCACCUCCGCGCGUUGUCAUUAAAGAAGUACCGAUACGUGUACCAGUUGGAGGAGACUGCCGAUUACCAGAGAUCAACAUACAGGGGUGUGAGGCUUUUGAUCAACAAAUUAACUCGGUGACGUUCCCAGGAUUUGCUCCUAAUGAGGUACUUAAGUUUAAACAGAAUCUCUUAUCGCUGCUGACUAAUCUGCAAAACGUUUGCUUGUCCAGACCAGGACCUAACAGGUGUUUCCUACCACAAAUAAACGUCAACGAUUGUGAAAACAUUCAAACACAAAUAGCGUCUUUGAAUCUGCCAGGUUAUGAUUCUUCACAAGUCGAGCCAUUUAAACAAAAUCUUCUUUCGUUGUUAGCGUUACAAAGAAAUUGUUAUCAAGUCCCAACGGCUCCUAAGAUUGUGGUUAAACAAGUUCGUGUACCAGUACCUGUGCAUAUAAAGGUUCCAGUUCCAGUUAACGAGGAAUGCCAUCUACCAGUUGUGAAGAUAGGGAACUGUGAUGCAGUACAAAAUGAUAUUGAAAGUUUAAAUGUCAACGGAUACAAUAUGGACGAGGUACUUCAGUUCAAACAAAAUUUGUUGGGUGCGCUUAUGAGACAAAGGAAUUGUGUCACUCAAUCCCAGACUGUCGUACCUCAGGUUAAUGCACAUGCUAAUAUAAAUUGCCGUCUACCAGAAAUUAACAUACAGAGUUGUGAGGCAUUGCAGCAACAAGUAAGUUCUUUGAACAUCGAUGGUUUUAACCCUACUGAAGUAUCCAGAUUUAAACAAAACUUGUUAGCGGUACUGACGAACUUACAACAGUGUGAAACUCCUGUGCCGAAAAACUUCGAACCUGUUAAAUGUCACUUACCAGUUAUCAAUGUGAACGAUUGUAACGAGAUUCAACAUCACAUUUCGUCUAUGACUUUGCCUGGAUACGAUUCUUCGGAAGUUAAUUUGUUUAAGCAGAACCUCUUCUCGCUGCUGUCCAUGCAAAAGAAUUGUUACAGUACAAACCAACCUCCUCCACAGUGUCCUAAAAACGUAGUAGGAAAACCUGUUCACGUCAAAGUACCCGUCGAUAGGCCUGUAUAUGUAAGGGUACCCGUCGAUAGAGUAAAAGUGGUAGUCAAAGAAGUUAAAGUACCAGUUAACGUACCCGUUCCGACUCCAUCUGCUCCUAAGGUUUUGGUAAAAGAAGUUCCUGUUCCGGUGCCACAACCUCCAAGGAUCAUACAUAAGGUUGUGAUGUCUCCUAAUAAAGAACCGCCAAGAGUUAUUGUUAAGGAUAGACCUGUACCGGUACCUUCACCACCCAGAAUAAUUGUGAAAGAAGUUAAAGUUCCUAUCAACGUACCAGUUCCAGUACCAUCUGCUCCUAAGAUUGUUGUUAAACAAGUCCCUGUUCCGGUGCCACAGCCACCAAAGAUCAUUAUUAAACAAGUGCCUCAAGUAAUUUAUAAGUGUAAUGAACCACCAAAAAUAGUCGUCAAAGAGAAACCUGUACCAGUACCUUCACCUCCAAAAAUAAUCGUCAAAGAAAUUCCUGUUAAAGUGCCUGUCAGGAUACCAGUGUCAUGUACUCCUAAAGUUAUCGUUAAACAAGUUGCAGUACCGGUAUCGCAACCACCAAUAAAUUCUGAAAGACCUGGACCGCCUCCUUCACCACCUCGUAUAAUUAUAAAAGAAGUGCCUGUUAGGGUACCAGUUCCAGUACCAUGUGUCCCUAAGACUAUUACUAAAGAAGUCCCCGUUCCUGUGCCACAGCCACCAAGGAUCAUACUUAAGCAUGUGCCCCAAGUGAUUACUAAGUGUAAUGAACCACCAAAAAUAGUCGUGAAAGAGAAACCUGUACCAGUUCCUUCACCACCUAAAAUAAUUGUGAAGCAAAUCCCUGUUAAAGUACCUGUGAGUGUACCGGUUCCAGUACCAUGUACUCCUAAGAUUAUCGUUAAACAAGUACCAGUACCGGUAUCGCAACCGUCCCAAGGCACCGAAGAACGUGUGGAGUUUGGCAAUAAGGAAGAAGGAGGAGCUAUAUUCGGGAAGAGACCAGAACCGGUUCCUUCGCCACCUCGUAUAAUUGUAAAAGAAGUUCCUGUUAGAGUGAAUGUGCCAGUUAAAGUUCCAGUACGAGUACCAGUUGAAGUACCGGUUAGAAUACCUAUACCUGUACAUGUAAGAGUCCCAGUUCCUGUAGUAGGUGCUUGCCAUCUGCCGAUUGUCGAUAUAGGAAGCUGCGAAAAUGUGCAACAGAAAAUCCACCAAUUGGAUAUCAGUGGAUACGACGUUGGUGAAAUACAGAACUUCAAACAAAAUCUGUUCAAUAUGCUAAUGAGGCAGAGAAAUUGUGGUACUCAAUAUCCAAAUAAAGUUGAUUCAACCCCUAUGAUACAUGGAAAUGGGCUUCCGGCACAACCAAUAAUCGGUGGUAACUUAUUAACACCACCACCACGAGUAAUAGUGAAGCAAGUACCGGUACCCGUUAGCUGUGAUCACAAACCAAAGAUUAUAAUCAAGGAGGUACCAAGACCAGUUCCUUCACCUCCGCGCGUUGUCAUUAAAGAAGUACCGAUACGUGUACCAGUUGGAGGAGACUGCCGAUUACCAGAGAUCAACAUACAGGGGUGUGAGGCUUUUGAUCAACAAAUUAACUCGGUAACGUUCCCAGGAUUUGCUCCUAAUGAGGUACUUAAGUUUAAACAGAAUCUCUUAUCGGUGCUGACUAAUCUGCAAAACGUUUGCGUGUCCAGAUCAGGACCUAACAGGUGUUUCCUACCACAAAUAAACGUCAACGAUUGUGAAAACAUUCAAACACAAAUAGCGUCUUGGAAUCUGCCAGGUUAUGACUCUUCACAAGUCGAGCCAUUUAAACAAAAUCUUCUUUCGUUGUUAGCGUUACAAAGAAAUUGUUAUGAAGUCCCAACGGCUCCUAGGAUUGUGGUUAAACAAGUUCGUGUACCAGUUAAAGUACCAGUACCUGUGCAUAUAAAGGUUCCAGUUCCAGUUAACGGGGAAUGCCAUCUACCAGUUGUGAAUAUAGGGAACUGUGAUGCAGUACAAAAUGAUAUUGAAAGUUUAAAUGUCAACGGAUACAAUACGGACGAGGUACUUCAGUUCAAACAAAAUUUGUUGGAUGCGCUUAUGAGACAAAGGAAUUGUGUUACUCAAUCCCAGACUGUCGUACCUCAGGUUAAUGCACAUGCUAAUAUAAAUUGCCGUCUACCAGAAAUUAACAUACAGAGUUGUGAGGCAUUGCAGCAACAAGUAAGUUCUUUGAACAUCGAUGGUUUUAACCCCACUGAAGUAUCCAAAUUUAAACAAAACUUGUUAGCGGUACUGACGAACUUACAACAGUGUGAAACUCCUAUCCCGAAAAACUUCGAACCUAUUAAAUGUCACUUACCAGUUAUCAAUGUGAACGAUUGUAACGAGAUUCAUCAUCACAUUUCGUCUUUGACUUUGCCUGGAUACGAUUCUUCGGAAGUUAAUUUGUUUAAGCAGAACCUCUUCUCGCUGCUGUCUAUGCAAAAGAAUUGUUACAGUCCAAACCAACCUCCUCCGCAAUGUCCUAAUAACGUAGUAGAAAAACCUGUUCACAUCAAAGUACCAGUUGAUAGGCCUGUAUAUGUAAGGGUACCCGUCGACAGAGUAAAAGUGGUAGUCAAAGAAGUUAAAGUACCAGUUAAUGUACCCGUUCCGACUCCAUCUGCUCCUAAGGUUUUGGUAAAAGAAGUUCCUGUUCCGGUGCCACAACCUCCAAGAAUCAUACAUAAGGUUGUGAUGUCUCCUAAUAAAGAACCGCCAAGAGUUAUUGUUAAGGAUAGACCUGUACCGGUACCUUCACCACCCAGAAUAAUUGUGAAAGAAGUUAAAGUUCCUAUCAACGUACCAGUUCCAGUACCAUCUGCUCCUAAGAUUGUUGUUAAACAAGUCCCUGUUCCGGUGCCACAGCCACCGAAGAUCAUUAUUAAACAAGUGCCUCAAGUAAUUUAUAAGUGUAAUGAACCACCAAAAAUAGUCGUCAAAGAGAAACCUGUACCAGUACCUUCACCACCAAAAAUAAUCGUCAAACAAAUUCCUGUUAAAGUGCCUGUCAGGGUACCAGUGUCAUGUACUCCUAAAGUUAUCGUUAAACAAGUUGCAGUACCGGUAUCGCAACCACCAAUAAAUUCUGAAAGACCUGGACCGCCUCCUUCACCACCUCGUACUAUUAUAAAGGAAGUGCCUGUUAGGGUACCAGUUCCAGUACCAUGUGUCCCUAAGACUAUUACUAAAGAAGUCCUCGUUCCUGUGCCACAGCCACCAAGGAUCAUACUUAAGCAUGUGCCCCAAGUGAUUACUAAGUGUAAUGAACCACCAAAAAUAGUCGUGAAAGAGAAACCUGUACCAGUUCCUUCACCACCUAAAAUAAUUGUGAAGCAAAUCCCUGUUAAAGUACCUGUGAGUGUACCGAUUCCAGUACCAUGUACUCCUAAGAUUAUCGUUAAACAAGUACCAGUACCGGUAUCGCAACCGUCCCAAGGCACCGAAGAACGUGUGGAAUUUGGCAAUAAGGAAGAAGGAGGAGCUAUAUUCGGGAAGAGACCAGAACUGGUUCCUUCGCCAUCUCGUAUAAUUGUAAAAGAAGUUCCUGUAAGAGUGAAUGUUCCGGUUAAAGUUCCGGUACGAGUACCAGUUGAAGUCCCGGUUAGAAUACCCAUACCCGUACAAGUAAGAGUUCCAGUCCCUGUAGUAGGUGCUUGCCACCUCCCGAUUGUCGAUGUAGGAACCUGCGAAAAUAUACAACAAGAAAUCCACCAAUUGGAUAUCAGUGGAUACGAUGUUGGUGAAAUACAGAACUUCAAACAAAGUCUGUUUAAUAUGCUUAUGAGGCAGAGAAAUUGCGGUACUGAGUGUCCAAAUAAAGUUUAUUCAAAUCCUGUGCUACACGGAAAUGGGCUUCCGGCACAACCAAUAAUCAGUGGUAACUUAGUAACACCACCACAACGAGUAAUAAUGAAGCAAGUACCUGUACCAGUACCGCAACCUAAGGUCAUUAUUAAACAAAUUCCGGUACCCGUAAGCUGUGAUCACAAACCAAAGAUUAUAAUCAAAGAGGUACCAAGACCAGUUCCUUCACCUCCGCGCGUUGUCAUUAAAGAAGUACCUAUACGUGUACCGGUUGGAGGAGAUUGUCGAUUACCAGAGAUUAACAUGCAGGGUUGUGAGGCGUUCGACCAACAAAUUGACUCAGUGACUUUCGCAGGGUUUGCUCCUAGUGAGGUACUUAAAUUUAAACAAAAUCUUUUGGCACUUUUGACAAAUGUACAGCAAGUUUGCGUGUCUAAACCGGAACCAGUGAAGUGUAAUCUACCACAAAUAAACUUCAGCGAUUGUGAAAAUCUCCAAACAAACAUAGCAUCUUUAAAUUUGCCAGGUUACGACACUACACAAGUUGAAUCAUUCAAACAAAAUCUGCUUUCAUUGUUAGCAUUACAAAGAAAUUGUUAUCAAACCCCAACGGCUCCUAAGAUUGUGGCUGAACAAGUUCGUGUACCAGUUAAAGCACCAGUACCUGUGCAUAUAAAGGUUCCAGUUCCCGUUAACGAGGAAUGCCAUCUACCAAUUGUGAAUAUUGGGAACUGUGAUACAGUACAAACAGAUAUUGAACGCUUAAAUGUCGACGGAUUCAAUAUGAACGAAGUACUUCAGUUCAAACAGAAUUUGUUCGAUGCGCUUAUGAGACAAAGGAAUUGUGUUACACAGUUCCAGACUGUCGUACCUCAGCUUAAUGCACAUGCUAAUAUAAAUUGCCGUCUACCAGAAAUUAACAUACAGAGUUGUGAGGCAUUGCAGCAACAAGUAAGUUCUUUGAACAUCGAUGGUUUUAACCCUACUGAAGUCUCCAGAUUUAAACAAAACUUGUUAGCGGUACUGACGAACUUACAACAGUGUGAAACUCCUGUCCCGAAAAACUUCGAACCUGUUAAAUGUCACUUACCAUUGAUCAAUGUGAACGAUUGUAACGAGAUUCAACAUCACAUUUCGUCUUUGAAUUUGCCUGGGUACGAUUCUUCGGAAGUUAAUUCAUUUAAACAGAACCUCUUCUCGCUGUUGUCUAUGCAAAAGAAUUGUUACAGUACAAACCAACCUCCUCCGCAAUGUCCUAAUAAUGUAGUAGAAAAACCGGUUCACAUAAAAGUACCCGUUGAUAGACCAGUAUAUAUUAGAAUACCCGUCGACAGAGAAAAAGUGGUGGUCAAAGAAGUUAAAGUACCGGUUAAUGUACCCGUUCCGACUCCAUCUGCUCCUAAGAUUUUGGUAAAAGAAGUUCCUGUUCCAGUGCCACAACCUCCAAGGAUCAUACAUAAGAUUGUGAUGUCUCCUAAUAAAGAACCACCAAGAGUUAUUGUUAAGGACAGACCGGUACCGGUGCCUUCACCACCUAGAAUAAUUGUGAAAGAAGUUAAAGUUCCAAUCAAGGUACCAGUUCCAGUACCAUCCCCUCCGAAGAUUAUUAUUAAACAAGUUCCUGUUCCGGUGCCACAGCCACCAAAGAUCAUAAUUAAACAAGUACCCCAAGUGAUUUCUAAGUGCAAUAAACCACCAAAAAUUGUCGUAAAAGAGCAACCCGUUCCAGUUCCUUCACCACCUAAAAUUGUCAUAAAACAAAUUCCUGUUAGAGUACCUGUUCCAGUACCAUGUACUCCUAAGAUAAUCGUUAAACAAGUACCAGUACCGGUACCGCCACCGUCCAGAGACACAGAAAAUCUUGUGAAGUUUGGCAAUAACAAAGAGGAAGGAGGUAUCGUUGAGAAGAGACCAGAACCGGUUCCUUCAUCACCUCGUGUAAUUGUAAAGCAAGUCCCCGUCAGGGUACCAGUUCCAGUACCAUGUGUUCCAAAGACUAUUAUUAAACAAGUUCCUGUUCCGGUGCCACAACCACCAAAGAUCGUAGUGAAAGAAGUACCCCAAGUGAUUUAUAAGUGUAAUGAACCACCAAAAACAGUCAUGAAAGAGAGACCGGUACCAGUUCCUUCACCACCUAAAAUAAUCGUGAAGCAAGUUCCUGUUAAAGUACCUGUGAGUGUACCAGUUCCAGUACCAUGUGCUCCUAAGAUUAUCGUUAAACAAGUACCAGUACCGGUAUCGCAACCGUCCCAAGGCACAGAAGAACGAGUGGAGUUUGGCAAUAAGGAAGAAGGAGGGGCUGUAUUCGGGAAGAGACCAGAACCGGUUCUUUCACCACCUAGUAUAAUUGUAAAAGAAGUUCCUGUUAGAGUGAAUGUGCCAGUUAAAGUUCCAGUACGAGUACCAGUUGAAGUACCGGUUAGAAUACCUAUACCUGUACAUGUAAGAGUCCCAGUUCCUGUAGUAGGUGCUUGCCAUCUGCCGAUUGUCGAUAUAGGAAGCUGCGAAAAUGUGCAAGAGAAAAUCCACCAAUUGGAUAUCAGUGGAUACGACGUUGGUGAAAUACAGAACUUCAAACAAAAUCUGUUCAAUAUGCUAAUGAGGCAGAGAAAUUGUGGUACUCAAUGUCCAAAUAAAGUUGAUUCAACCCCUAUGAUACACGGAAAUAAGCUUCCGGCACAACCAAUAAUCGGUGGUAACUUAGUAACACCACCACCACGAGUAAUAGUGAAGCAAGUACCUGUCCCAGUACCGCAGCCGAAGAUCAUUAUUAAACAAGUACCGGUACCCGUUAGCUGUGAUCACAAACCAAAGAUUAUAAUCAAGGAGGUACCAAGACCAGUUCCUUCACCUCCGCGCGUUGUCAUUAAAGAAGUACCGAUACGUGUACCAGUUGGUGGAGAUUGUCGAUUGCCAGAGAUCAAUAUACAGGGGUGUGAGGCGUUCGAUCAACAAAUUAAUUCUGUGACUUUCCCAGGAUUUGCUCCUAAUGAGGUUCUCAAGUUUAAACAGAAUCUCUUAUCGCUACUGACUAAUCUGCAAAACGUUUGCGUGUCCAGACCAGAAGCUCACAGGUGUUUCCUACCACAAAUAAACCUCAACGAUUGUGAAAACAUUCAAACACAAAUAGCGUCUUUGAAUCUGCCAGGUUAUGACACUUCACAAGCCGAGACAUAUAAACAAAAUCUUCUUUCGUUGUUAGCGUUACAAAGAAAUUGUUAUCAAGCCCCAACGGCUCCUAAGAUUGUGGCUGAACAAGUUCGUGUACCAGUUAAAGUACCAGUACCUGUGGAUAUAAAGGUUCCAGUUCCCGUUAACGGGGAAUGCCAUCUACCAGUUGUGAAUAUAGGGAACUGUGAUACAGUACAAACAGAUAUUGAACGCUUAAAUGUCGACGGAUUCAAUAUGAACGAAGUACUUCAGUUCAAACAGAAUUUGUUCGAUGCGCUCAUGAGACAAAGGAAUUGUGUUACUCAAUCCCAGACUGUCGUACCUCAAGUUAAUCCACAUGCUAAUAUAAAUUGCCGUCUACCAGAAAUUAACAUACAGAGUUGUGAGGCAUUGCAGCAACAAGUGAGUUCUUUGAAUAUCGACGGUUUUAACCCUACUGAAAUAAUCCGAUUUAAACAAAACUUGUUAGCGGUACUAACAAACAUACAACAGUGUGGAACUCCUGUGCCGAAAAACAUGGAGCCUGUUAAAUGUCACUUACCAGUUAUCAACGUGAACGAUUGUAACGAGAUCCAACAUCAAAUUUCAUCUUUGAUUUUGCCUGGGUACGAUUCUGCGGAAGUUAAUUCAUUUAAACAGAACCUCUUCUCGCUGCUGUCUAUGCAAAAGAAUUGUUACAGUCCAAACCAACUUUAUCCGCAAUGUCCUAAUAAUGUAGUAGAAAAACCGGUUCACAUAAAAGUUCCCGUUGAUAGACCAGUAUAUAUUAGAAUACCCGUCGACAGAGAAAAAGUCGUGGUCAAAGAAGUGAAAGUACCAGUUAAUGUACCCGUUCCGACUCCAUCUGCUCCUAAGAUUUUGGUAAAAGAAGUUCCUGUUCCGGUGUCACAACCUCCAAGGAUCAUACAUAAGGUUGUGAUGUCUCCUAAUAAAGAACCACCAAGAGUUAUUGUUAAGGAUAGACCUGUACCGGUACCUUCACCACCCAGAAUAAUUGUGAAAGAAGUUAAAGUUCCAGUCAAGGUACUAGUUCCAGUACCAUCUCCUCCUAAGGUUAUCAUUAAACAAGUUCCUGUUCCGGUGCCACAGCCACCAAAGAUCAUAAUUAAACAAGUACCCCAAGUGAUUUCUAAGUGCAAUAAACCACCAAAAAUUGUCGUACAAGAGAAGCCCGUUCCAGUUCCUUCACCACCUAAAAUUGUCGUAAAACAAAUUCCUGUUAGGGUACCUGUCCAACUACCAGUUCCAGUACCAUGUACUCCUAAGAUAAUCGUUAAAGAAGUAUCAGUACCGGUACCGCCACCGUCCAGAGACACAGAAAAUCAUGUGAAGUUUGGCAAUAAGAAAGAGGAAGGAGCUAUCGUCGAGAAGAGACCAGAACCGGUUCCUUCAUCACCUCGUGUAAUUGUAAAGCAAAUCCCCGUCAGGGUACCAGUUCCAGUCCCAUGUGUUCCAAAGACUAUUAUUAAACAAGUUCCUGUUCCGGUGCCACAACCACCAAAGAUCGUAGUUAAAGAAGUACCCCAAGUGAUUUAUAAGUGUAAUAAACCACCAAAAACAGUCAUGAAAGAGAGACCGGUACCAGUUCCUUCACCACCUAAAAUAAUCGUGAAGCAAGUUCCUGUUAAAGUACCUGUGAGUGUACCAGUUCCAGUACCAUGUACUCCUAAGAUUAUCGUUAAACAAGUACCAGUACCGGUAUCGCAACCGUCCCAAGGCAUACAAGAACGUGUGGAGUUUGGCAAUAAGGAAGGAGGAGCUAUAUUUGGGAAGAGACCAGAACCGGUUUUGUCACCACCUCGUAUAAUUGUAAAAGAAGUUCCUGUUAGAGUGAAUGUACCGGUUAAAGUUCCAGUACGAGUACCAGUUGAAGUACCGGUUAGAAUACCCAUACCUGUACAUGUAAGAGUUCCAGUUCCUGUAGUAGGUGCUUGCCAUCUUCCGAUUGUCGAUAUAGGAACCUGCGAAAAUAUACAACAAGAAAUCCACCAAUUGGAUAUCAGUGGAUACGAUGUUGUUGAAAUACAGAACUUCAAACAAAAUCUAUUCAAUAUGCUUAUGAGACAGAGAAAUUGUGGUACUCAGUGUCCAAAUAAAGAUGGUUCAGUACCUGUGAUACACGGAAAUGAGCUUCCAGUAAAGCCGAUAACCAGUGGUAACUUAGUCACACCACCACAAGUAAUCAUAAAACAAGUGCCUAUCCCCGUAGCUCAACCGAAGGUAAUCGUUAAACAAAUUCCAGUACCAGUAAAGUGUGAUCAUAAACCAAAGAUAAUAAUCAAGGAGGUACCAAAACCAGUGCCCUCACCUCCUCGUGUUAUUGUUAAGGAAGUACCUAUACGUGUACCAGUUGGUGGAGAAUGUCGAUUACCAGAGAUCAACAUUCAGGGCUGUGAGGCGUUCGAUCAACAGAUUAACUCUUUAACAAUCACAGGUUUCGCUUCUAAUGAUGUACUUAAAUUUAAACAGAAUCUUUUAGCGGUGUUGACUAAUCUACAACAAGUUUGCGUACCCAAAGUGGAACCAAACAGGUGUCACCUACCGCAAAUAAGCGUUAGCGGUUGUGAAAAUAUUCAAAACCAAGUAGCAUCUUUGAAUUUGCCAGGCUACGACACUUCAGAAGUCGAACCGUUCAAACAAAAUCUCUUUUCGUUAUUAGCAUCACAAAGAGAUUGUUAUCAAAGACAAACAACGCAUACAACUGGUGUAGGUGGGAAAGUCACGCCUCCACCACGGAUUAUCGAAAAACCGAUUUAUGUCCGACAACCUGUCGUUACCAAAGUUCCAGUCAGUGUUUGCACUGGGCAGAAGGGUACUCCGAGAGUAAUACAGAUGCGAGUACCUGUGUACAUUAAAACGCCAGUACCCGUGCGAGUACCACAAAUAGUAGAAAAAAUUAAGAGGGUAAUUCAACAGGUUCCAAUACCUCAACCUCCAAAGAUCAUCGAAAAACCAGUUCCUGUCCCUGUACAACUACCUCCGAAGAUCAUUGUCAAAAAGGUGAACGUUCCGGUAGUGCAAGGUACGACCUGCCCUGAACCGAAAUUAAUUAUUGAGAAAGUCCCUGUACCCCAACCUCCUAAGAUUAUCCAGAAACCUGUGCUAGUUCAUGUUAAGGUGCCACCGAAGGUACUAAUAAAACAGGUUUCUGUACCUUACAUCAGGUAUGUCAAUUCUGGUAUAACGCAACAACAGUCUUGCAAUUUACCGGUGUUACCACCACCCAGUUGUACCGCCCCUGAAAGUUACGUUCAAGCAGUGACAAUUAACGGUUGUUCUCCAGAUGUUGUGUCAACAUUUAAAAACACCCUAAUUGAUCUGCUCAAACAGCAGUUACUCUGUCAACCAAACAACAUAACGCCUGUUAUAUCCCCCGUUAGCACGCACCCUCAACCCUUACCACGCGUUCCGGUAGUAUUUAAUCAAAAUCAAGUUACGAACCACCAAACCCACAACGUCACAUGUCCCGCUCGACUGAAAAGUUACGCUUCACAAUUAUGCGCUUUGCGAAAGGUAAUUAUGCGGCUAACACAUAAAGUGCGACAAUUGAUUUCUGCGUCUUCUCGGCACAACAUAACUGAUUUGCAACUUGCUCCAAGACCUGCGGUUCCGAUUCCUAUGGCGCAUGUUUUAAAGAAUGUAGCUCCGUCUGUACCUGUAGUUCCAUUCCAACAAAUCGAAUCUUCCUUGUCGUUUGUUCAGAACAUGAAUUUAGCGUACAAAAAAACACAACAAGCAUUAACACAUUGCAUGGACGCCGUUGUGGCUCAAAGUUUAACACUCUCACAGAUCAAAUCCCAAUGUAAUGCUUGCAAUCAGAUCCUUCAAGACAAAGAACUGGCGGAAAAUCAGAUCAAGUUCCUGAAUUCGAUCAUAGUGGAUAUCCAGAGGAAGAACGACGAACAGAAAGCCCGAAUUGAGAUUCUGGAAGCCGGGUGCAGCCCGGAGAUGGCCAACGAAUUGAAAUUGUUUGGCUCACCAGGGAACCAAGGUCCUCCACGAAUGUACUGCGACAUAUGCGAAGAAUUUGAUUUACACGAAACAGAAGACUGUCCCAAACAAAACUCGGACGAUGCACCAGCUAUUGGAAAACGAGUCCCUAGAAGCGUCACCGAGAGGCCAUACUGCGAGAUAUGCGAGGCUUUUGGUCAUGCGACGGAAGAUUGCACAGAAGAUCAGACCUUUUAGAUCACUUAUUAAUAAUUUAUUUUAGCCAAUUAAUAAAUAUCUUGUAAUAUAUCUAGUUAAUAUUUAUUCAAAAAAAAAAUUAUGGAUUUUGUAUAAAUUCAGUGCUCCCUGAAGUAAUUGUAAAUAUUGGAUUGUACAAGAGGAAUGAGUAAAUAAAAAUAUUUUCUGUUAA